CUUUGAUAGUUGACACUUGACGUUUCCGUAUUGGUUAUUUAAUCUGUAACCAGAUUCAAUACUGUACUGUCGAUUGGAAAAUAGUAAUUUUUAAUAAAUUAAAAGAUGCUCUCAUCUUCAGUCCUUAGUAGCCUUCGCGCUGCGCGUGUCUCAGUCCAGGUCACCAGAAACCUGGCAGCAGCGUCCAAAGCCUCUGACCCAAUCCAGCAGUUGUUCAUUGACAAAAUCAGAGAAUACAAACAGAAAAGCGCUGGUGGCAAGAUGGUAGAUGUCAGUCCCGCAGUAGAAAAGGAACUCAAAGCAGAGUUGGAGAAGCUGGAACGCCAAUACGGAGGUGGAUCUGGUAUCGACAUGACUGCAUUCCCCUCAUUCAAGUUUGAAGAACCCAAGCUGGACCCCAUCAACGAACAGGCUGCCAAGAAGUGAACAAUUAGUGUAUUUAAUGGUUAUCAUGCCACAGUGUUAGGAAAUAAACUGGUUAUUUAAACGCA